AUGCAAGCAAUGCAAGGUGCAUCGGAGGAGCGGGCGCAGGACCCCGCGGCGGCCCUCAUGCUGGCAACGGUCCGAAUGAUUCGAAACUGGGUCGAAUCAUCCUUCAGCGGGGGGGAGGCGGCGCGGAUGGAGCGCAAGGGCCAACUGAAAGCCCGGUUCAAGGUGGAGCUGUCGUCGGAGAUGUGGAAGGAGCUGCAGACGUUCGUAAAAGCCUCCUUUGCCCUGUCGGGCUUGCAGCUGAAGCGCCUGGAGCGGGGUGAAGGCUCCUGUGUCGAGGUGCUCAUGUCAGGAGAGGCCCGUCAGCAGUAUGCCCUCAAAAAUCCUCACGUGGUCGUGAAGAAUGCAGAAAAGCCUUCCGACGGUGCCCUUGAAGGCUUCUGCACUCCGGAGACGGCAAAGCUUCCAGUGCACGAGGCUUCUACACCAUGCAAGGUCCCAUCGCAGAAGCAGGCGAAGCGCCCACUGGCGUCGUCGCCUGAGAAGUCGAAACGCAGCAGGACCAAGGAGGCGAUGGCGAAGAUCUCGUCCAUGCCCUUGCAGGAUGUGCACGCGCGAGAGGUGUCUCGCGAUCUGAAGGGUGUUGUUGCUGCAAAGGACGGGCUGACUGCAGCUCUGAGUUCGAAGGAUCUGCACGAGGCUGUCGCAUGGCUGAAGGGGCUGGGGAGAAGGGAGGUCGCUCCCGAGGACUUGGCAAAGACGCGCAUCGGCCUCGCGGUGAACGAGUGCCGCAAGCAAGGGGACCCAUACAUGACGAAGCUCGCUGACAUUUUGCUUCAGAGGUGGAAGAAGGCCUGGCGACAAGCCCAGGAGCAAAAGGGCAGCGAGAGGGACGCAACAUGA